UACAGUGUAAGUGCAUUGUUUAAUGGUUUAUUAUCAGAUGAUGUAUAAUGAAGUAGAUAAAGCUGUGUUCAAUAUUUCAACGGAAAUAUCGAUUUAAAUAGCAUACCGAGAAAAAGGAGUUCUCAAGAAGAAAACGCUCUUCACCAUAAGUGCCUGGGAAAGAAACUAUAUGUUACUUCAAGGAAGGAAACGCUGAACCACGAUAAUGGAUAUUUGUGAUAGCUUUUUGGAUGUCUGUUCUCCCGUGGAUCUUGCACCGUGUCCACCGCCGGACAUCGACCCCAACAUGUUUUACGAACAUCUGAUCGCAAGGAACUUGACCAGUCAGGUUGUGUUACACAUUGCGGAACGGUGUGGUAUAUCAGUUAUACCACCGACUUCUACUGAUCGAACUACUCUGAACACCAUAUUAUCCACUGAGUUAAAUUGGACAGCUCAAACCUUUUCAACAACGAGGCAAAUCGAGUUGACAAAUCAAACCGAUUCGACAACGAGGCAAACCUUUAAUGAGAGUAGUAAAAUAACUACCCUCUUAAACAAUCCAACUUUCGUAAUUCUAGUGUGUGCGGGGAUUAUGCUAGUUACCUUCAUUACCUGUAUCAUCGUCUUAAGGAAGAGAUCAUGCCAUAGAAGUAAUCAGCGGGAACAAGUAUCACUUACAUCAAUGAGGAAUAUGGCAGAAAUUAAUUUGGACAGUAAAGAAGACAGUUUAGCGGAGACGAAAUGCAAUUAACUUACUCGCAAUUGUCAAGAAUCAAUGGUGAUAAGCAUAGACAACAAAGUGAUUGUAAAUGAAAACAUUCAGCGACAAUUAGUGCAAACCAAAAUGGAAAUAUUAUUACCGAACAAAUUGAAUCUGACACAACUCUUUUCUCACAGUUCUUAUUCUUAUGAAAAUUCAAUGGAAAGUACUUGGUUAUAACUCCAUUGGCCGAUUGUUCAGAACCAUGUUUAAUGUUAAUAAUCUAAUAAAUGUCAUCGUUGUUUACUUUCAAAUCCUUACUAUCCAGUUAAUUUAAAAAUUAAUCAUGUGAUCUGCAGUAAUUACUUACAAUAUUUGAUACCACUGUUUCAGCUGUUCUUCCAAUAUAUGAGUACACCAUUAAAUAGUUCAUGUUUAAAUUUUGACAAUGAUGUUGUUAAUCACUUUUUUUUAAAUUUAAUAGAGUUUUAAACAAUCGGCCCUUUGUUUAAUUACUGACACAAUUUCUAGCUAAUCUUUAAAGUGGUUAACUCUCAGAUAAAUACCUCACGUAAACAUGUCAAACACUGUACCCUGUAGUUUUGAA